CGCGUUCUUAAAUUAUAACUGUAUUCUGUUUAACGAAUGCAUUUCAUUUUGUUUUGAAUUUAUUUGAUUAUUUGAAGAAGUUAAAGAAAGGAUGAAAAGAAAAGCAUUAUUAGAUGACAGAGAUUUCAAUAACAUGUAGUCUAUCGUAAUUAAGCAGUAUUUCACAAAAAAUAAAUUUAUAUCUUAAUAAAAGUUUAAUAUUACUGCUGACUGAAAAAAAGUGUAUCAUCGAUGUGGUUAAAUUCAUGUGUUAACUAUGAACAUUCAUUUAUUUGAUUGAUCUAUCGUUAAUUUCGGUAACGGAAAGAUUUAAGACAAAAUCGAGGUUAUAGUUAUGGAGAAAAGUGAAAUUAUCUAUAUUUCUUCUGACGAUGAUGAAAAGACCGAUGAUAAACCAAAAUCUCUGCAGUGCAAUGAAAAAGUUAAUAAGAUUAAUUUUGUAAAUACAAGUACAGAACAAGUACAGAAAUUGAAUAAUAAUGAAAGAAAAGAUAUGGGUAAGCAAAAACGCAAAAUAUCAGAAGUCGAUGAUAUUUCGAACAUAAAGAAUAAUGGUAUAGAUAAAAAAAUUAAGACAGAAUUAAGCCAAGAAAUAAAUGGUCUGUUAACAAAGGAUAAUUAUAAACAAAAUGAUAUUAAAUCACAAAACUAUACAUCUUUACCUGUAAAUAAUGUAACUGUUAAGCCACAGUUGAUUAUUAAGGAGAGGAAAAAUAUAUCUCUUCCAGAACAAGAUGUAUUUCCUAUGUUUAUCAGUUUAUGCUUACAAAAAAAACGAGAACCCGCAAUGGAGAUUAUUGUUAAUAAACUUAAAAGACGAUAUGAUUUAAUGAAUCCUAUGUAUGCAAAAUCAGAAGCUUUUCAGAAUUUUUUGAAUAAAAAACGUAAUGCUAUUUUGUCUUCUGACAAUAUGAUAUAUCAUCAUAUUAUGGAUGUCAAGACUGAAAUGAAAUCUAGAGCUAAAGGAACUUCAAAAAUGUCUGCUCAAAUUGAAACAAGUAAAAGUAAUGUUUAUAAGGAUACAUCAUCAUGUUCCAAAUCAUCUUCAUCUUCAGGUAUUUUUAAUAAUAUGGAAUCAGAGGAAAUAAAUGAAGAAGAUUAUGAAGAUAAUACCAUGGAUGUUCAUAUGGAAAACAGACUUAAGAAAAUAGUAAAAGUAAUGAAUAUAUGUGAGAGAAGAAUAAAAACAUUGGAAGAGGCUGAAGUAAAUUUUUCUGAUGAAGAUAACAGUAAUUACAUUAAGCUUGAAAAAUAUAAAGAAAGAAUGGUAAAAUUGUACAAUGAGUAUUGCCGUAUAACAGGUGAUAAUGCAGAUGCAGGUCGCCCAUACUUGAGACCAAAGCAUUUAAAUCCAACUCAAAUUGUUAUUGUGGAUCAAGCAAUUACGAAUUUUAUAAAUGCAAAGAUCACUAAAAGAAAUAGACUAAAACGAAAUGGCAGAUUUACAGAUGAUUUAAUAUUCCCAGAUUACACGGACAUCUUGAAAUGCGUGUCAGAUUGUAAUGAAAAAAAUAAUUUAGGAUUAGAUAGAAAAAAACAGUCUCAGAUCGCUAAAAAGGCAUUUACUAAUUUGGGAGAACACUUACAACGUGCUAGGCGCAAUGAUUAUUGGGAUACAUUUUCUCUAUCUUUGGAAAAUAAACAAGAAGAUCCAGCCUUAAAAGAUCAUGAACUUGCACAAAAAUUACGUACAAAUCGAGAGAUCGGAGAAAAGAAAUUAUCUCAAGUAUUUCAAGACUAUGUGAAAAAACAAGAGGAAAUGAAAAAUUCCUUAUUAGAAGAUAAGGCAGAUACAGAAAAUGAUGAUGAUGAUGAUGAAGAUAACAAUAUAGAAUCUAAAGAUGAGGAUGAGCACAGUGAGGAGGAUGAUGAAGAUGACGAAGAUGAAAAUGAUAUUGUAGAAGAUGAAGAUGAAGGUGAAGAAGAUAAAGCUAGUAUUAAUAGCAGUGAAAAAAAUAAAAACAAAAACAAACAUAUCUUGGAAAAUGAGACUAAUUCAAAAAAUGAUUUAACAAGUACAUGUGAGGAUAAAGAUAAGGAUGUUUUAAUAAAAAAUAUAAAUGAAGUAAGAUAUGAUAUAAACGUAGGACUUUCUGAAAAGGUGAAUGAAGAAUCAAGUUCAGCAAUAAAAUCAGAAGUAUCAAUUAUUCAACAAUCAUCCACAUUAAAUAACAAUGAUGCUAAAGAUAAAACAGAUGAAAUUAUGCUGGUGGACAAUGACUGCGAUGAAGCAACAGGAGGUAGUAAACCUCUGUUACGUGUACGUUCCUUUGCAAAACAUCCUACAACUUGGGAAGACAACAAGCAAAAAUUUCAAAAUUCGGGAAAUGGAGCAACAAAAGAAGUGAUUGAUCUCACAAAUGAUGUAGCUAUAACAAAAGUAGAGGUACCUAAUUUCAAAAUUCAAACAGCUAUACUUCCUUCAAAGAAUACAUACAAGGCUUUGGUGAUACCUGCAAAUUUGGCAAGUAAAAGUAUUAUCAAUGUUAAGAAUAUUACAAAUAAUUACUUAAAAGUAAAUCCAAGAAAUAUUACUGCAAAUAAAUCAAACAUAAAAUCUUUAUCUGUGGUAAAACAAGUAGUUGAUGUAAGUUCCGUUAAUACUAUUAUACAUUUACCACAUUCUUCUAAUCGACAAAAUACAAAUAAUAAUGGAAAUAAUAACGGAACAAAACAAAAUAAAACUAUCGUGCACCUUCUUGUACCAGCAGAACAAGUACAUACAACAAAUUCGAUAGGAAUGUCCAUUAUAGGAAGUUCAAAAAAUAAACCAAAAUGACUGCGAACAAAACCAAAAUAUGUAUACUUUGAUCACUAUAAUGACAUUUAUAGUUUAGAAAAACUUAGCACUUUGGUGUUAAGUAUUUUAUAUGUAUAUUUAAACAUUAAAAUAAUUGUAUUUAUAUGUAGAAAUCAAGAAUUCAAAUAAUGAAUAAUACAUAAACAAUUAAUUACAAUUAAAACCAUUUAAUUGAUAAAUGAUCGUAAAACUUGUGUAAAAGUAUAUAUGUAUGCUUCGUUUUUAAUUAUAUACUUUAAGUAUUCGUGUUUCUAUACAUUCAUAUAUUGCAAUAUUAAUCGUGUUAAAACAAAUUCAGUAUCUAAUAAAUUUUCUACGAUAUCAAAAUGAUCAAUGUUGUCGCGUAAUAAAAUAUACUCUACGUUAUCCACAAAAGACAUAAUUUUCUGAAAGAAAGAGAAAAAAAAAAAAAAAAGAAAAAAGAAUAUUAUUUUGAACUUAAUAAUUUCACAUAUAGGAAUUUUAUAAAUUUUAUGUAUUGUAAGACUUACUUGAGCAUAUUCACGUGUUUCGUUAAUAAAUACAGGAGAAUCACACUCUCCUACAGUAACGAUUACUUUUAAAUUUUUGAUAGGUUUAUAUUCUUUAGUAUCGAGAGUAGAAAAACUUAAUUCUUUAAUAUCAUCUCUAAAAGAAAAUCGUUAAAAGAUAUAACGUGGGAAAUAUGAAAAACGAAAAAAUUAUAUGAUACUUACUCCGUAAGUUUUAAAGCUUCAUUAUACGAGGUAUUGGUAAGAGGUCCUAAAUUAUAAAUUCCGCCAGCGAGCAACAGACCUUUUAUCAAUUGAAAAUAUCCUCGCUUCGUCAUACAUUCAAUCCAUUUUGUAUCGUGUAAAAAUGCGGCUGCUAAAUGUGCACCGGCACUGUGACCGCAUAUCCAAACGCAUCUGUAGUAUAUUAAUGUUCAAUAAUAUUACGCGAUAUCAAUUCAAAUAAACUUCAUAUAUGACCUUUUCGUAAUAAGAAUUAACGUAUUCUAGCGUUAUAAGUAUUCAUACCGACAUCCAGAAUUUACAGCAGAACUUAAAAUUGUCUCAAUUGCAAUUUUUAUUUGAGAAAUUAUAUCCUGUAAUUUAACUGAAAAAUUAACAAGUUAAUUUUGCGUUCUUGUUUUCAUUAAACAUGAUAUAAAUUAUUAUUAUUAUUAUUAUUAUUAUUAUUAUUAUUAUUAUUAUUAUUAUUAUUAUUAUUAUUUUUAUAUAUUAUUAUUAUAUAUAAUAAUAAUAAUAAAGAUUUAUGAAUAGAUUUUACCAUUAGGACAUAGAUCAUAUCCGAUCGAUACAACUUUAAUUUUAUUGGCGACAAGAACUGGGACUGAAAAUCCUCCGAAAUCUUUACUUAAUUCUUGCCAAUAACCACCAUGAAUAUAUAUAAAUAUUGGUGCAUCUAAAAAGUUAAAAAAAAAAUACAAGUAAAUUUUUAUAUAAAAUAAUUUUUUUUUUAGUUACAUUGGUACCAUUGGGUAAGUCGGUUCCAUAAAUAUCAUAUUUCGUACGCUCUGUUGGACCAUAUGGGAUGUCUAAAAGACACUUUGUAGUGUUUCUUGCUUUUUUCGUUACUGUAAUAUAAUAAAAAAAGGAUUUGUUUUCUAAUUAAAAUUUAAAAACAUAAAUAUAACAAUAGUCAUACCGUUCACUGCAAAGAUUAAAAAUCGUGAUAUUAAUUCUUCCGGUUUAAAUCUUUUACUCCAUUCACUUGGUGAGUAAAGUACUUCUUGCUAAUGUGAAAUAAACAAAUCCUUGUUAAAAUGUAUUGAAAAAAUAUAUAAUCCAAUUAUACGAAUUAUUUAAAUAUUUUGAAACGAAUAACUACGAUGUAUUUUGAAACUCAAAUAAAUUAUUGAUUGUAUAAGA